AUGAGCGUUAGUUUAGUGGAAAUUUUACCUGACGAUAUUCUUUAUGAAAUUUUUCGUUAUUUAUCUUCAAUUGAUGUUCUUCAAUCAUUUUUAUUAUUGAGUAAACGUUUCUCAAGAAUGAUAAGAAAUGAAUAUUUGUGGCACAUUCAUAUCGGUGAUUCAACAGUGUCAUUAAUGAUGUUCAAUGAUCAUUGCCACAAUGUCUUGAAAUUAAUAGGAAGUCGCAUCGUCUCAUUACGUCUGACAUUAAUCAAUGUUAUUGGUGGAUGGUCACUUAUUUCAUCUUCUCUUCGAAAUCAUCAAACAAAAUUGCUUCAACGUCUACACUUGAUCGACAUUAAACCACAUGAAUUUGAUAAAUUAUUGUGUAAUCAUUUCAUAAAACAAUUACAUACUUUAUUAGUUGAUGUGACACCUAAUCUUUUUAAUUGUCUUCAAGUUGAAGGAAUUUAUCUAGUUAAGGUAUGUUCACGAAUGCCUCUUCUAAGAAUCUGUCGACUUUCAUUUAAUCAUAAUGAUGGUAAUGUUAAUCAAAUAGAAACCUAUUUAUUAAGAUAUCACAUGACUUUACCAAAUUUAUUAAAUACAAAUCAUCUUCGUGCAUUGACUAUUGGUAUACAUACAUCACACUUUCUCAAACGUUUACUAUUAUGUAUACCAUUGAUUGAGAAUCUUUCUUUUGGCAUAAGAGAUCGAGAUAUCAGUGAGAAUGAUGUACAUGAUAGAAUCACGUUGCCUGCCACUAUCGAUGCUCAUCUUCUUCAAUAUCUAUCUCGUCUGCGUAUACAUUGUUUGAAUAACAUAAGUUUUCAUCGAACAAUUGCGCUUUUAUCAUCUAUAUUUUGUCAACUUUGUCAUUUAUCAUUAAAAUUAGAAGCAAAUACAUUAAUUUCUGGUUCAUCGAUUAUAUCAGGUGAUAUUAUUCAACAAUUAUGUAUCGAUCGUCUUAAACCAAUGGCAACCUAUAGUCUUAAUCUAUUAUUAUAUGUUGAACAUGACUUGGAAGAAAAAAUAAUUUUCAAUUCAUUUUUUCAAGUUUCAUUUACUCAGCGACAAAAGCCGAGAGUUUUUAUACAAGAAUGCAAUGAUUCUGGUAUAAGUUCUAGAUAUCAUUUUUUUAUGGUAUAUACUCUUCCAUAUAAUGACACCAUUCUUCUAUCAAACAUGUUUUCUACAGAUCUUGAAAAAUCUUGUCAAAUGUCAACUGAUGUAACAAAUUUGUUUCCACGUGCUAAUACACUAUCUCCGUGUGGUUAUAAGAAGGUCAAUGGUGUUCGAGAUCUUGGCAAGCCUGGAUGUUCCAUAUCAUCAUUAAUUCCUUGGUCAUUAUUAACACACAUUGAAAUCAAUCAUAGUGAUGUUAUUACUCAACAUACAUUACAGUCAUUAUUACGGAUAGCUUAUAAUGUACAUACACUAGAAAUAAUUGAUGAGAGAGGAAUUUUACUUCGC